AUGUCCUCCGAAUCCCGCUGGGCGGGUUAUGACGGCCGGUCUGGCUUACCGCUAUUGCGCAAAAGCGAGGAUGACGAAUUGGAUGGUACCGGCCAUUCCAACCUGUCAGGUCGAUUAAACGAUACGGUACACGCUUCGGGCCACGAUGAUGACGACUCAGAUCACGAACACCCUCUCCAGAAUUCGACGUCAAACUUCUCCCACGGGUCGGGGAUGCACAGUCGCAGCCCACAGCAGGCGGCUGCUGCGGCUGAGAGGGCAGCCAAGACCAAAUACACAUACGCCGCUUUUUUUCUGGUCGUCAGCCUCAUCACAUUCUGCGUCCAGACCGAGCUCAGUGCGUACAUUCAACAUGACCGCGGGUGGUCGAAGGCCUAUUGCAUGAUGUACCUGACACACGGGUUUUGGGUCUUUCUUUGGCCUUCAAUGCUUCUAGUCCUGCGGUUUAAAGCCAGAGACGUGCCCUGGUCGGUCUUUUUCAAGAGACAUCUCCUCCACCUGAAGACGACUAUAAUGAUGAUCGAAACCCAGACAUUAGAUGUCCAUCGCUCCGCUUCACGGCACAACUCCAACCCCCUUCGUUACAUUGUUCGCUUCACUGCCAUUAUCACAUCUGCUUUGACUGUAGCUGGUCUCAGUUGGUACAUUGCAGUAAGCUUGACCACGCCCUCCGAUUUGACUGCCAUCUAUAAUUGCUCUGCCUUCUUCGCCUACGUUUUUUCUGUGCCCUUACUUCAUGAACCGCUGCGCCUAGAUAAAUCCGUCGCCGUUCUUAUCGCAAUUGCAGGAGUGCUUGUUGUGGCAUACGGAGAUACCAAAGGGACCGAGACCGAAACUGGAGCUGGUAGCCGUUUUCUCGGAAAUAUUGUAAUCGGCGUUGGCUCUGUGCUAUAUGGGUUGUACGAAGUGCUUUACAAACGAUUUGCCUGCCCACCCGAGGGUACAUCGCCUGGUCGAGGUGUCACUUUCGCUCUCACAUUUGGCUCCCUGAUUGGCCUUUUCACCUUGACGGUGCUCUGGAUUCCCUUGCCGUUUUUACACUGGCUGAACAUCGAAAAAUUCGAGAUCCCAGACGCUUCUACUUGCUGGCUCAUCUUGCUGGCUAUUCUUUCUAAUGGCAUCUUUAGCGGGAGCUUUUUGGUCCUCAUUUCGCUGACAUCUCCUGUGCUAUCAUCUGUCGCCGCACUAUUGACUAUCUUCUUGGUAGCAUUGGUCGAUUGGCUUAUCACUGGUAAACCUCUUAGUUGGGCUGCGAUCAUCGGAGGUGCUAUGAUCAUUGUCGCCUUCCUAGCUCUAAGUUGGAGCACAUAUCGUGAGAUGAAAGAACAUGAGGCGCAAAAACUUUCGGUAGAUCUGGCGGACAGCGAUGUCGAUGAGGCGUCGGAUUCGACUCCCGAUGAGGCAUAG